UAAAUAAUCAAACUAUAUUUAUGUACUAGUCUUAUAGUCUAGCCGCCUACAACUUGCAACUACGUCCGAUAUUAUUAUUAUUAUUAUGACUAACCCUUCUAUUUGCGGCUUAUUAAUUUUAGGGCUGCUAGUUUUUUACAACACGCUUAGCUUCCUAUUUUUGCCCUGUCUAUCCUUAACCACAUUCAUAUUUGGUGACUCCUUGGUCGAUGCUGGUAACAACGACUAUCUCUUCACCCUCUCUAAAGCCGACUCUCCUCCUUAUGGUGUAGACUUCUCACCUUCUGGCGGCAAACCAACUGGGAGAUUCACUAAUGGUCGGACUGUUUCCGACAUUAUAGGACAGUCUUUAGGAGGUAACUCAUUUCCUCUGCCAUUCCUAGCUCCAAACUCCCUGAUCAAUGCAACUCAUGCUGGAAUAAAUUAUGCCUCGGGAUCAGCUGGAAUACUGGUUCAAACUGGAACCAUGUUUAUUGGAAGAAUCCCACUACAGGAGCAAGUGAACUACUUUGAGCAAACUAAAGCUCAUCUAGUUGGUAAAAUGGGAGAAAAAGCUACGAAAAGUUUUAUAAAGAAUGCAGUUUUCUCAAUAACAAUCGGUUCUAAUGACAUCCUCAACUAUAUCCAACCAUCCCUACCAUUUAUUGGACAAGAUAAGGUUCAACCUGCCAUUUUUCAAGACCAGAUGGUCUCCAACUUCACAAUGCAGCUCAAGCGAUUACUCAAGUUGGGGGCGAGGAAGUUUGUGAUAGUAGGGAUUGGACCAUUGGGAUGCAUACCAUUUGUUCGAGCUAUCAAGCUAGGAUGGUUCGAGAAGUGCUCGAAUGAGGUGAAUGAGUUAAUUCAAGGCUACAACAAAAAACUCAAUAGAGAGCUAAGGUUGCUUAACAAAGAAAUGGGAAAUAAGGCCGUGUUUGUGUACGCGAAUUCCUACGACAUUUUCAUGGAUAUCAUAUCUAACUAUCAACACUAUGGAUUUGAAGAUGCAAAGGACCCGUGUUGUGGUGGGUAUUUCCCACCAUUUAUGUGCUUCAAAGGGACAAACACAAACACAAGUUCGAUAAUGUGUGAAGAUAGAUCAAAAUAUGUGUUUUGGGAUGCAUACCAUCCUACUGAAGCUGCUAACCUAAUCUUGGCCAAGAAAAUGCUUGAUGGUGAUGAAAAAGCCACUUCCCCUGUCAAUAUUCGGCAGCUUUACAAUUCCCAAAACUAGGCUCUAAUGAAUGUUGUAGUCAUUAAAAAGAAAAUAACGGUAUGAACUCAUGUGUAGUUAUUUCACAAUCAUUAAUUGUAGUGCUUAAUAUUAUAUCCUAAUGGGUGAAUGAUUGUGUUUAUUUA